AUGGGACAGACUGUCACCACCCCCUUGAGCCUCACGCUUGACCACUGGUCAGACGUGAAGGCACGAGCCAACAACGAGGGAGUUGUAAUCAAGAAGAAUAAAUGGAUCACCCUUUGCGAGGCCGAAUGGGUCAUGAUGGAUGUAGGAUGGCCUCGCGAGGGAACUUUUAACCUCAGUCUUAUUUCACAGGUGGAAGGAAAAGUUUUUGCUCCGAGCCCCCAUGGCCACCCGGAUCAGGUCCCAUGCAUCGCCAUAUGGAGACUAUUGGCAACCGAACCUCCCCCAUGGGUUAGGCCAUUCCUCUCCCCUCCAGUGCCCCAGGCUUCCCCCUCCACGGCACCGCCGCCCCCCCUCGCCCUUCCUACCUCCUCCCUUUAUCCCGUUCUCCCACGGAAGGAUCCCCCUAAGACCCCUGUCCUUCCCCCGGACCCCAAUUCACCUCUUAUUGACCUCCUGACAGAGGAGCCACCUCCAUACCCAGGGAAUCGGGCACCAGAGGGACCGGCGGCCCCCGCGGCGGCCUCAGAACCACCGGUGGCCUCCUCCCCGGAGCGGGAGGAUGAGACGCCGGCUUCCUCGCCGGCCUCCUCCCCACUUGCUGAUGAGGCUCCAGCCCCCUCCCCAAUUGCCGGUCGCCUCCGAGGAAGGCGCGACGAACCAGCCAAGGAAUCCAAGGCCUUCCCCCUCCGGGAGGGUCCCAAUCACCAGCUCCAAUACUGGCCAUUCUCAGCCUCCGACCUUUACAACUGGAAGCAGCAUAAUCCUCCUUUCUCCAAGGACCCUGUUGCCCUGACUAACCUGAUUGAGUCCAUUUUAGUGACCCACCGGCCUAUGUGGGACGAUUGUCAGCAGCUGUUGCAGACCCUCCUGACAGUGGAGGAAAAGCAGCGAGUCUUCUUGGAGGCUCGGAAGCAGGUUCCUGGAGAAGAUGGAAGACCCACCCAAUUGCCUAAUGUCAUUGAUGCAGCUUUUCCCCUCACCCGCCCGAACUGGGACUUCAUGACCCCAGAAGGUAGGGAGCACCUACGUCUCUAUCGCCAGUUGCUCUUAGCGGGUCUCCGGGGGGCUGCAAGACGCCCUACCAAUUUGGCUCAGGUUAGAAAUGUGAUCCAGGGAAAGGACGAGACACCGGCAGCAUUCUUAUAAAGACUCAGGGAGGCCUAUAAGAUGUACACCCCAUAUGAUCCGGAAGAUCCAGGACAGGCGCCAGGCGUCAUUUUGUCUUUUACCUAUCAGUCAAGUUCAGAUAUAAGGGCCAAGUUACAGAGACUAGAGGGAUUGCAGUCGUGCAGUUUGUCAGAUUUAUUAAAAGAGGCAGAGAAAGUGUUUAAUAAGAGAGAAACUCCCGAAGAGCGGGAAGAGAGGAUGUGGCAGAAACAGGAAGAAAGGGACAAGAGACGUCAUAGAGAAAUAAGUAAAGUCCUGGCCGCUGUAGUGUCUCAGGGACAGGGCAGAGAGAGAGUUAGGAUGGGAGAUCAAAGAAGGAUACCGCUUGAUAAAGACCAAUGUGCUUACUGCAAAGAGAGAGGACAUUGGGCUCGUGAUUGCCCAAGGAAACCUCAAGGGCCUUGGAGAACUAAGUCAAGGGCCACGGAUCUCCUCAAUCUGGAGGAUUAGGGAAGUCAAGGCCAGGAGCCCCCCCCCCCCCGAGCCUAGGAUAACUCUCAAGAUUGGGGGGCAGCCAGUGACCUUCCUAGUGGACACCGGGGCCCAACAUUCAGUCCUGACUCAGACCGGAGGCUCUCUCAGUGACCGCACAGCUUUGGUCCAGGGGGCCACGGGUAGCAGGAGAUAUCGAUGGACCACUGAAAGGAAAGUUCAGCUGGCAUCUGGACAGGUAACCCACUCUUUUUUGCAUAUACCCGAUUGCCCUCACCCAUUAUUGGGCCGAGACCUGACUAAGCUCAAGGCUCAGAUUUAUUUUGAUGACAAGGGAACGACCGUUACGGGACCCAAAGGAACCCCCCUACAAGUCCUAGCCCUAAAAUUGGAAGAGGAAUAUCAUCUGUUUGAAUCAGAGCCCUCUAAGGGGCCACCACAAGAGAUGCAGGACUGGUUGAGAGAAUUUCCCUUGACCUGGGCCGAGACUGGCGGCUUGGGGCUAGCUUACGACCAGCCCCCACUUGUUACGUGGUAACCAAGAAACUCCUGGAUGACAUUUUUCCCAGGUAUGGAAUGCCCCAGAUAUUGGGGUCAGACAAUGGGCCCGCUUUCGUCUCCCAGGUAAGUCAGAAGGUGGCCAGGCUAUUGGGGAUCAAUUGGAAACUCCAUUGUGCAUACUGCCCCCAGAGCUCAGGACAGGUAGAACACAUGAAUAGAACCAUUAAGGAGACUUUAACCAAAUUAACGCUUGCAACUGGCACUAGAGAUUGGGUGCUCCUACUCCCACUAGCCCUCUACCGAGCCCGGAAUACUCCUGGGCCUCAUGGCCUAACCCCAUUUGAGAUUCUAUAUGGGGCUCCCCCACCAAUUGUAAAUUUCCUCCACCCUGAUAUCUCCUCUUUUGCCACUAGCCCAACCCUGGAGGCGCACCUCCAAGCCCUCCAAUUGGUACAGAAGACGGUGUGGAAACCCCUGGCUGAUGCCUACCGGGAGCAACUGAACCGCCCGGUGGUGCCUCACCCAUUCGAGAUUGGGGACUCUGUCUGGGUUCGACGCCAUCAAUCCAAGAACCUAGAGCCGAGAUGGAAGGGACCGUACACCGUCUUGUUAACAACUCCCACCGCACUUAAGGUUGACAGGAUAGCGACUUGGGUCCACACGUCACAUGUGAAAGCCGCCAAAGAACCCAACGAAGCAGAGAACACCGAGAUGUCUACAUGGAAGGUUCAACGCUCUCCAAACCCACUAAAGAUAAGACUCACCCGUGGGCCCCCUUAAUCCCCCUAGUAGUCCUCCUGACAUUAGGAGGGGCGUCACCAGAGAGCCCCCACCUGGUUAAGAAAAUUACCUGGCAGGUCAUUUCCCAAACUGGGGACGUAGUCUGGUCCACGACCGCUCAACACGCUCCUAACACAUGGUGGCCCUUCUUGACUCCCAAGAUAUGUGACCUAGUCGCUAGGCUGGAUACCUGGGAUAUCCCUGAGUACACCCACACCAAUAGGCCCUCUGUCCUAGAUGCAGACCACAAUAAUGUUAUGUCUCCGAAAAAGCGGGAUGUACAGACUGCCAAAGGACAAUACAUAGCCGACUCGCCUGGCUGCCGAAUACAGUCAGCCUAUAGGAAGCUGCAACAGACUCAGCUAUAUGUAUGCCCUAGGGACGGAAGGGACUGGGAUACGACUUACAAAUGUGGGGGACUAGAAUCUUUUUUUUGUGCAAAAUGGGGAUGUGAAACAACCGGGGACGCGUACUGGAAGCCUAGUUCCAGUUGGGAUCUCAUCAGGGUGGGACGAGGUCAGAAGGGAGAAGAUUCACUAAACAUUUCCUUCACCCCGAAGGGCACAAAGUUCUCUUCAUGGACCAAUGGGCGAUCUUGGGGAGUUAGGUUCUAUAUGACGGGAACAGACAGGGGAUUCACCUUCCAAGUAAAACAAAAGAUAGAAUCAAUCAAUAUUCCUGUGGGCCCCAACCCUGUUCUCCCAGAACAGAGGCCACCGUCGCAACCUGAAAGAGCCCCAGCCCAGGUCCCCCACCAAUCUAUUACAUUGCCCCCUACAGCUAGCAUGGCCACCGCUGCUUCCCCUGUAAGACCUGGCACUGGAGAUAGACUCCUGAAGUUAAUCCAAGGGGCAUAUCUAACCCUCAACCUCACUGCCCCAAACAAAACCAGAAGCUGUUGGCUUUGUCUAAUUUCAAGUCCCCCUUAUUACGAAGGAGUUGCUGUUGUGGGGAAUUUCACUAACCACACUUCCCCCUCCACAGAAUGUACCCGCACCCCCCAACAUAGGUUGACCCUAUCUGAAGUUGCGGGACAGGGGUUAUGCAUAGGAAAGGUGCCCAAGUCUCACCAGUUCCUGUGCAAUACCACCCAACAGAUGGUCGGGGGCUCCUAUUACCUGGAGGCCCCCAAUGGAACCUACUGGGCCUGCAGCACCAGGUUGACUCCAUGUAUUUCAAUGACCAUACUUGAUUUGACCUCUGAUUAUUGUAUAUUGAUAGAAUUAUGGCCUAAAAUUAUUUAUCAUACCCCCGAAUAUGUAUUCACCCAUUAUGAGGAGCGGCACAGGUUCCCUCGAGAACCAGUAUCAAUGACUGUGGCCUUACUGCUGGGGGGAUUGACUGUCGGGGGCAUGGCCGCAGGCAUAGGAACUGGGACUGCAGCCCUCAUGGAGACCAGUCAAUUUAGACAACUUCAGGCAGCCAUGCAUACUGAUAUCCAGGCCCUAGAGGAAUCUAUAAGUGCCCUAGAAAAAUCCCUUACAUCUCUAUCUGAGGUUGUUCUACAGAACAGGAGAGGGUUAGACAUCCUCUUCCUACAAGAAGGUGGCCUAUGUGUGGCCCUCAAAGAAGAAUGUUGCUUCUAUGCAGAUCAUACUGGAGUUGUCAGGGAUAACAUGGCUAAAUUGAGAGAGAGAUUGAAACAGAGACAACAACUAUUUGAGUCGCAACAGGGAUGGUUUGAAGGAUGGUUCCAAAGGUCACCCUGGUUCACCACCCUUGUCUCCACCAUUAUGGACCCCCUAAUCAUCCUCCUGCUCAUUUUAAUAUUUGGGCCAUGCAUCUUCAAUAGAUUGGUCCAAUUCGUCAAGGACAGGGUUUCUGUUGUCCAGGCUUUGGUCUUGACCCAACAAUAUCAGAGGCUAAGACAGUCAGAGAUGGAGAUGACCCCUUAUUCUCCAUCCUAAAAUGAAAGAUUCCAUUUUGGGCCCACAAGAAAAUGGGGGAAUGAAAGACCCCACUUAUAGCAAGCUUUUACUUAGCCUAAGAAACGCCAUUCUGCAAGGCAGGGAAAACAGGAAGUUCAUGACUGUGGCUGGCCACCUGGCCUUGGGAAAGAGAGCUGUGGUCGGCCACCCAGCCUUGGGAGAAAAACCGUUGAGUCAAAAUAAGACAUCUGUGGUUAGCUACCCGACCUUGGGGAAUAAACAGUUGGGCUGGGAAAACACCCACAAGGCCAAGUCAACCACACACAUCAAAUUUCCGAGAAGUUUAAGAGUUCACCCUGACCUCAAUUGAAUCCACCAAUGGGAACCCUGUAACUAUGCCUCUCGCUUCUGUAACCGCGCUUCUGCUCUUGGAAACCUAUAAAAAGUCCCCCUUACCCUAGGAGGGCGCGCAAGUCUUCUGAGAGACUUUGUCGCCCCAGGUACCUGUGUAUCUGAAUAAAUCCUCUUGCUGUUUGCAUCUGAUCCGUGGUUUCAGCGUGUUCCUUGGGGUUGGGGUCUCUCCUGAGGGAAGAUCUCCUCUGGGGGUCUUUCAGUGAGAUGACUCAGCAGGUCAAGUGCUUGCCACCCUGCCUGACAAUGUGAGUUCAAUUCCUGGGACUCACAAGGUGGAAGGAGAGAACUGACUCCUACACGUGAUUCUCUGACCUCCGUAGGUAUGCAUGGCACAUGUGCGAGCACACAUACAUUAAUAAAUGUAAUUUUAUUUUUUUACUUUUUGGUUUUUCGAGACAAUGUUUCUCUGUGUAGCUUUGUGCCUUUCCUGGAACUCACUCUGUAGCCCAGGCUGGCCUCGAACUCACAGAGAUCCACCUGGCUCUGCCUCCCGAGUGCUGGGAUUAAAGGCAUGUACCAGCACCACCCAGCUGUAAUUUUAAUUUUUUAAGAUUUAUUUUUGUAUAUGAGUGUUUUGCCUGCAUGUAUGUAUGCACACCGUGUACUUACCUUUUGUCCAUGGAGGCCAAAAUGUUGCAGUGGAUCGAUCCCCUGGAACUGGAAUUAUAGGUGCCUGUGAGCUGCCAUAUGGAAACCAAACUUGGAUCCUCUGCAGAAGCACCAAGUUCUGAGCAAUCUCUCCAGCCCAGCCCAAUAGAGAAUAUUUUAAAAAUAAGACAGAAAUAACAAUUGUGUUAAUAUGUUUUAAAAAUGAACAAUACCGAAAAAAGUCAACGCAAACAUCAAAAACAUAAGCCUGCCAUUUUUUCUUUAAGGAUAUGGUCCUUUAUAGGUUGGCCAUACUCCAGCAGAUGGCCUCACACCCACGAGCACACAGGGAGCACCAACUGGACUUGGUGGGUAAUGAAAAAG